AUGAAGCUUUACACCGAUGCCAUUUCCGGCGACGAGCUCGUCUCUGAUGGAUACAAGAUCAGCGAGGUGGAUGACGUGGUGUACGAAGUGGAUGCCGCUCAGAUCGUCGUCAAGGAGGGCGAUGUCGACAUCGGUGGAAACCCUUCUGCAGAGGAGCAGGCGGAGGCACUCGAGAGCGGUGCUCAGACUGUCAUCAACGUCGUUCACACUUUCCGCCUGCAGAACACCACCUUCGACAAGAAGUCCUACCUCGCACACCUCAAGGGGUACAUGAAAGCCGUCAAGACUAGAUUGGCAGCGGAGAACCCCGAUCGCGUGGACGCGUUCGAAAAGGCUGCCGGUGCCUUUGCAAAGAAGGUGGUCGGCAACUUCAAGG